GACACCCAACUGUGGGAGGUAUAAUAUAUACCUAUCACCAACACAUUCUGACCUCAGAGCAAUGACGAUGCCGUUCAAUGGAAAUGGAGCAGGAAAUAGACAAGCUUACUCAUGGCAUCAGCCACCUCAGUAGUUGGCACAGUAGAUGGCAAUGACUCAACUACUGAGUGUGUGAGUCAGGAGGAGCUGGCUAGUGUGAAGGCAGAGAUGGAGAGGAGAGUGGACCAGCUACACUCACAGCUACACUACCGGCAGAAUGUCACUGUUGGCAUUCUCAAGGACCACUGCUCUUCCACCAAUACUGGUGGUGCUGUUGAGACGGGGGAUACUGUCUUCAUGUCUACUGUGUUCAACAUUACCCAAAAUGAUGCUGAUAUAAUAGCAUACCUUGAAAAAGUCAACCAAACCAUCAAUGAGCGAUUGGACUCCCUGGAGGACUCCAUAAACUCGAAUGAUAACAAAGCUGGGAGCUUCCUUAACCCAGCACACAACUGCAGCCAUAUUCUACAUCAACACCCCCAGGCUACUUCAGGUCAUUACUGGGUCCAGAGCUCCCCUGGCUAUGUAGUGAAGAUGUUCUGUGACAUGGAGAGGGUGUGUGGAUGUGACGAGGGGAGGGGGGAGGGAGGAGGGUGGGUGAGAGUGGCCAACAUCAACAUGACUAGACCCAAUGAGAACUGUCCUGCAGGGUUCAGAAAAGUCACUGACUCUGGCAAGACAAUGUGUGGAGGUCAGAGUUCACGCUGCAUCAGUACCACUUUCAGCUCACAAGGACUCCUGUACAGUCGAGUGUGUGGUAAAAUCAUUGGCUACCAGUUUGGGAGGACGAAUGGGUUGUUACAGUACAUUUCAGAUAAUACGGUGUCUAUUGAUACCUCAUUUGUUGAUGGCAUAGUCCUGACCCAUGGUUCCCCACGUGCGCAUAUCUGGACUUUUGUAGCUGGACAUGAUCAGAUCUCGACAAUAAACGAAGACUGUCCCUGCAAUAGUAAUUCCUUCAGUGGAACUUUACCACCAUAUAUUGGAAAUGACUAUUUCUGUGACAGUGCACAUACAGUCAAUAAUCAACCUCCGUUGUCCUAUCUAACCAAUGAUCCACUAUGGGAUGGUGCUGGCUGUGUUAGUGGGUCCUGCUGUACCUUCAACUCUCCUCCGUGGUUCUGUAAGAACCUCUCUGCACCAACUACGGAUGCUAUUGAGCUACGCAUUUGUCUGAAUGAUGGGAUUGAUGACGAAGAUGUGCUUUUUGAAAUAGUAGAACUCUAUGUUCAAUGAGCAGGCGAGGUAUAAUGUGUACAAUAGUUGUAGCAAACAUUAAUCAUGAUGUAGCUAGUUAGCUUAGAAGAAUGUUGUUUUUAAAGAAAAUGUUUUGACAUAAUA